AUGGGAAAUGGCACGGGGGUGACAGAGUUCAUCCUCCUGGGGCUUACAGAUGACCCCCACCUGCAGGCUCUGCUCUUCCUCGUCCUCUUCCUCAUGUACGCAUUAAGCGUCACCGGGAAUCUGACCAUCGUCACCCUCACCAUCCUGGACUCCCACCUGCACACCCCCAUGUACUUUUUCCUACGCAGCUUCUCCGUGCUGGAGAUCGCCUUCACAUCCGCCUGCAUUCCCAAUUUCCUGGUCACCAUCGUCACCGGAGACAGGACCAUUUCCUUUUCCAACUGCUUCACUCAGCUGUUCUUCUUCCUCUUCCUGGGGGUGACGGAGUUUAUCCUCCUGGCUGUCAUGUCCUACGACCGCUAUGUCGCCAUCUGCCGGCCGCUGCACUACACGACAGUCAUGAGCCGGGGCGUCUGCACCCUUCUGGUACUCAGCUCUCUUCUCUUCAGUUAUCUGAUCGUUUUCCCACCGGUUGUGAUGGCCGCCCGGCUAGACUUUUGCGACUCCAACAUCCUCAACCACUUCAUCUGCGAUACUUCCCCAUUGAUGGGGCUCUCGUGCACAGACACACGCUUCCUGGAGCUCAUGCUUUUCCUCGAGUCCUUGGGGACGCUCCUGGUCACCCUGCCACUAAUUACUGCAUCCUACACGGCCAUCGUCCGUACUAUCCUGAGGCUUCCCUCCGCUCACCAGAGGAGAAAGGCCAUUUCCACCUGCUUCUCCCACAUAGUCGUGGUCUCCAUCACCUACGGAAGUGCUAUCUUUAUGUACAUCAAACCGUCUGCCAAGGACAGAGUGGAACUAACCAAGGAAGUGGCGGUGCUCAACACGUCUGUUCCCCCCAUGCUGAACCCCUUCAUCUACACCCUGCGGAACGAGCAGGUCAAGCAGGCCUUCAGGGCCCUGGUGCACCAGAUUGGGUUUUCCUCCAGGAAGUGA